AUGCAGCUGGCCGACACGGCGGGCGAGCCGGACGCCGUGGAGGUGUACGUGAAGCGGGUGAGUGGGCUGGACCCCAAAGAGAUUCGCCGCGUGGAGCUGCGACUGCUCGGCCCGAAGUUGUUUCCGAACGUCGAUGUGGUGAACGCGUGUUUGGUUCGACCUAAUUCGUGGCAGCGGUUGCCGUUUCCGAGGAAUUUGAACUUGGCCGACGUGGCGAUGCACUACGUGCAGGUGGUCUUUGUGACGAAGGUCGCGGAGGAGCAGUUACAGCUGUUGCUGCCCAUGCGAAUCGUCAUGGCGCAGGAGCAACCCGCCUCGCUGCCGGUGGGUACGGCGGUGUUCAAAACGAUAACCCUCUGGAAGUGGGGCAGCUCACAAGAAUCGCAGGACGAGG